CAGCCAUUAAUAAUGCCACGCCCUCCUUAAGAGCUACGCCCCCUUUUCGUCAGGUGGAAAAAAAGUUGCAGAAAGAAAUCAGCAAAAGUCUGCGGAUUUUCGCAACUUUUCCCUUCGGUGUUCGCUUAUCGCUAGCAAAAAUUGUUGUUUCUAAAUCGAUUGCAAUCGAAAGGGACUUUGAUUUCCAAUAACAUCGAUAAAAGUGCAGUGCAGAAAAACAUACAGAUUCUGCGAUCAUCAAGAGAUAGAAAGCUGGUUGAAGACCGUGGUACUUUUUAUCGCGAGCAGAAAAGUCACUUUCGCCUUGCAUCUGCGGAAAAGAGGAAGUUUCGCCAUGGCACACCGAACCAGAGUCUAUGUUGUCGGCGUCGGCAUGACCAAGUUUGAAAAACCUGGUCGCCGAGAUGACUUUGACUACCCGCAAAUGGUCAAAGAGGCUGUGACCAAGGCUCUGCAGGACGCAGCUCUCAACUAUGCUGAAGUCCAGCAAGCUACUGUUGGCUAUGUUUAUGGUGACUCGACCUGUGGCCAGAGAGCAAUUUACGAAGUGGGCAUGACAGGCAUUCCAAUUUUCAACGUCAACAAUAAUUGCUCGACUGGGUCUUCAGCCCUUUACUUGGCUAAGCAGAUCGUCGAGUCUGGAAAUGCAGACUGCGUUUUGGCGCUGGGUUUUGAGAAGAUGGAGAGAGGCUCACUGACCUCCAAGUUCAUGGACAGGACAAACCCUAUGGACAAGCACGUCGAGAUGAUGGCCGACGUUGCUGGAAUUAAUGCCUCGCCAAUUACGGCACAGAUGUUUGGCAAUGCUGGCCGAGAACACAUGGAAAAGUAUGGAACCAAACCAGAGCACUUUGCCAAAAUCGCUCAGAAGAAUCACAAGCACUCGACUAACAAUCCGUAUGCACAGUUCCAAGAUGACUAUUCCCUCCAGCAGAUCUUGGAUGCCCCGGAAAUUUUCAGCCCCCUCACCAAACUGCAGUGCUCACCGACAUCCGAUGGCGCAGCAGCAGCCAUUGUUGUGUCCGAGAGGUUUGUUCUCCAGCACGGCCUGCAGGCAAAUGCUGUUGAGAUUAUUGGAAUUGAAAUGGCAACUGACCUUCCAUCUUCAUUUUCUGAAAAGAGCUGCAUCAAAGUUGUUGGUUAUGACAUGACCAAACUUGCGGCUGAGCGACUGUUUGCGAAGGCAGGGCUGAAGCCACAGGACGUCGAUGUGGUCGAACUCCACGACUGCUUCUCCGCCAACGAACUCAUCACCUACGAGGCGCUUGGACUGUGUCCCCCUGGAAAAGCUGGGGAGAUGAUUGAUAGGGGAGACAACACCUAUGGAGGGAAAUAUGUCAUCAACCCCAGCGGAGGUCUCAUUUCUAAAGGUCAUCCACUUGGUGCUACUGGUAUUGCUCAAUGUGCUGAGUUGUGUUGGCAACUGCGAGGUCAAGCUGAUAGAAGGCAGGUCUCUGGUGCUCGUCUCGCUCUCCAGCACAACAUCGGUCUUGGUGGCGCUGCCGUCGUCGCUCUUUACAGGCUCGGGUUCCCCAAUCACAACAGAAUGAGGAUCCACCAGACUGCUGCGGUUGCCGACGGGCCCGUUGGCUUCAAGGCCACAAUUUUGUUCCAGGCCUUGGAACAGGCCAUGCAGGAGGACAACGACAACCUAGUGGAAAAGUUCCGCGGGAUCUACGGAUUCAAGGUGAAAAAUGGACCGGGCGGCAAAGAGGGUUAUUGGAUCAUCAACGGCAAGACCGGAAAAGGCUCGGUGGAAUUUAAUGGAAAAGCGAAACCUGACGUGACCUUUACAAUAAAUGAUGACGACGUUGUUGACCUCAUGACUGGCAAGCUCAACCCUCAGAAAGCAUUUUUCCAAGGCAAAAUCAAGAUUCAGGGCAACAUGGGUCUGGCCAUGAAACUUCAGGAGCUGCAAAAAAGUGCUUCGGACAGGAUCGAAAAAUUCCGUUCGAAACUGUGAAUCUUUUUUACUAAGGGGAAUCAUUACUUUAUUUGAACUCUUUUGUGACUUAUUGGCUGUUGGAUUUUCAUUCCGGGGAUAAUUUUGUUCGUUUCUAAAUUUCGUCCUAUAGUUAAUAUUGAGUGUCACUUUUUAUAUAAGCAUUUUCCAAAGUGAAAAAUAUGUUGCCGCAAAAUAUUGCUACGCAUUUUGUACAAGAACAUUCACAAAAACCUUUUAUUGUGAUUUAAACCAUUGUUUAAUAAAAAGUAGUUGAUUUUUUAAUAUUUUAA